AUUUUAAAAAAUGAGAACCACUGUUAAAGCACAAGACUCGUAGUAUUUCAUCAUUCAAUAUACACUUUCGUUAAAAUCUUCUGAAAAUCAUGGCAUCGAUCACGAUACCGGUAGCAAUGAAAUUUGCCCGUUUUUCAACAGAUAUCGUAUAUCAAAUGAAUAAAAAUUCAUUGCUCAGGUUGUCUCGAACAUCUCGCAUUUUUCCUUGGCAAAAGCAAGGAUACAGUACAGUAACUGAAGAAAAAAAUAACGAGGGAGGUGCACAAACACCAUUGCAAGAACCAACAGCGACUGAAAAAAAGUUAAAAGGAGAAAUGGAACUUCUCAUCAAAGAAAUAGUGGAGCUUAAAGAAGUAAAAAAUACUUUAGAAGAUAAAUAUAAGAGAGCAUUAGCUGAUGGAGAGAAUCUUAGAGUUCGGUUGACGAAGCAAAUUGAGGACGCCAAACUUUUUGGUAUUCAAGGUUUCUGUAAAGAUCUUCUAGAUGUAGCAGAUGUGUUAGGAAAAGCUACUGAAAGUGUGCCUAAGAGUGAAUUAACAGAUAAGAAUCCGCAUUUAAAAACGCUUUAUGAAGGUCUAAUAAUGACUGAAGCACAACUACAUAAGGUUUUUAAGAAACAUGGUUUAGUAUCCUUAAAUCCUAUCAAUGAAAAAUUUGAUCCAAACCAACAUGAAGCAUUAUUUCAACAAGAAGUAGAAGGAAAGGAACCAGGAACAGUUGUAGUUGUAUCGAAGAUUGGAUAUAAACUACAUGAACGGAUAGUUAGACCAGCAUUGGUUGGUGUAGCAAAAGGAUAACUUUUAUAUACUUAAAAUAAAUUCUAUAAUAUGAUAGAUUAUAUAAACAUGAUAAUUUGUUAAGUGAUAUAAAAUGGAAUGACAUAAUAUUACAGUAAUUUAAUAUAGAAGACAUUUAAUAGAUUUACACAAUGAAAUGAAGUCAUUAAAAAUAUGUCGAGUUUAUGACAACUGAUAAACAAUAUUUUUUAUUUAUUAAUAGACUGUUAUACAAUGUAUGUUUCAUUAUGAAAUAAUUCUAAUUUUGUUUACAUUACAGCAUUGCAAAAUAAUACUUAACAUUUUCACAAAUCUGUUGAUAUUUUUUUUAAAUGUAAAUGAAUUUUUACUUAUUAAUCAGUAUAAACAAAUAUAUUUAAAUAUUUUAUAUGAUCAGUAGAAGAUUAUAAGCGGUAAAAAGUGUAACAUCUCUAUAUAAUAUAUAUUUUAUCGGUUCUAUUUUAAUUAUAAAAAAUAAAUAUCAAUGAAUAAGUACCAAUAAUUAUAAAAAUACUACAAAUUCUACGUAAAUGAUGGAAAUACGAUUUCCAUAUGUGAUAAUAUAUAUGUAACUGCUAAUAUCACAGGUAAAAAUAUGGUAUGAAAAAAUUUAUUACUUAACAUCUUUCAAAUACUUUGUAUAAAUUAGGUAAACUGGCUAUUUGCAAUAUAGUUGAGUCAUGAGCAAAAUGUUUUGGAGGUAAUAAACUUUCCUUAAUUGCUGGAUAUAAAAUAUGUUCUGUAACAUAUUUCCAGUCAUGUGUAUUAUGAAUAGGAUUCAUUUCACUGAAGUAUUUUGCUGUUUCUCUGCAAAUAUUUUGGAAACAUGGCUGUUCGGUAGUCCAAUCAACCUCUGUUGAUAAGCGCAAAAUAUAUAUUGGUAAGCCUCCCUCAAAUGGAAAGUACUUAUCUGAAAAUAAAUAUAUUAUUUUCAUAUAA